GUCAGUUUCCUUCUAGACUUUCAUUCAAUUGUAGGAUUAUCCCAAAAGCAAAUCAACAUGGCUAUUAAGCAAGUAAUUAUUGUGUUGGCGAUUGCCACAUUCGCGACAUGUAAGGGUGCUGCAGUUUUACCGGCAGUUCCACUGGCCAAACUCACACCCAUAAAUCCAGCAGUUAAUUAUGAUCCCCAUCCACAAUACACUUACGCCUACGACGUUCAGGACAGUUUGACUGGAGAUUCGAAAUCCCAGCAAGAGACCAGAAAUGGUGAUAUAGUCAGCGGCAGCUACAGUUUCAUUGAAGCUGAUGGCACCAGAAGGAUCGUUGAAUAUACAGCGGACCCUGUGAAUGGAUUCAACGCUGUUGUCCAUAGAGAACCAGUGGCUAUCAUUAAGCCUGCCCUGAAGGUCGCUCCGAUUGCUUUUCACCCGUAG